CAGCUUUUACAAGAGCGUGGGGUCAAUUUCUGCAUGAAGACAGAAGCCAGAGAGAUACGUGGCGAGAAUGGACAGGUGAAGGAGGUACUUCUGAGAAAUGGAGCUGUUCUUCCUGCUGACGUUGUGCUUGCUGGAAUAGGCGCAGUACCUGUGUCAAGUUUUCUAAAAGGAAGCAGAGUUGCUGUGGACUCUAGAGGAGCAAUCUAUGUAGACCAGUUCAUGCGCACCAGUGUUCCUGAUGUCUUCGCUGCUGGGGAUGUUGUGUCAUUUCCUCUGCCCAUGAUGGAGGGACACAGAGCCAAUAUUGGACAUUGGCAGAUGGCUCACUCUCAUGGCCGGAUUGCUGCUCUGAAUAUGCUGAACAAGCACAUACCUGUGAACUCUGUACCAUUCUUCUGGACGUCUCUGCUGGGGAAAAGCAUUCGUUAUGCAGGAUUCGGUGAGGGUUAUACAGAAAUCGUUAUGAAAGGGACCCCGGAAGAGAUGACGUUCCUGGCUUUUUAUCUGAAGGAAGAUAUUGUGGUUGCAGUAUCAAGCAUGAACUUUGACCCUGUUGUAUCACAAGUGGCUGAAGCCAUCAUGUCUGGCAGAAGAUUCACCAAGGAGGAAGUUAUGGCUAAUAAUUACAUUGAAUUGAUAAGCAGCUGAAUGGAAGGCCUGAGUGCACUGCUGUACUGAAUCUUCAUGCGUCAUCAGAUCAACACUCACUCUGGAGCAUGAAGUACCUGACAGUCUUAUCUGAAUGAUGGCCGCAGUCCCAGUGUAAGCAAACCUCUGAAAGGUCCAGCAGAAU